AUGGAGGAUUCUACGGAGUCGAACGUAGACGAAAAUCCAAUAAUCCCACUCAUUGGUUACCAUGUGAAAGAGAGAUACGUUGAAUUGAAAGAUUCCUAUGAAAUAAAAUCCAAAAACUUUGAAAAGCUAUUUCUUUUUAAAUUUCAGCGUAAAGUUGACGAUGGGGCCAUCAAAAAGCUUCUGGACGACGUCGUACUCGUACUCAAAUCGGAAAACAAAAAACUAAAACUAAUGAUGCGUUACAUUAGCAACAAAUCGUCGCACACCUACUUGACACUGUUCCCCGACCGCGAAUCCAAGCUGAAAUACUCGCGCAAAUCUCCAGAGGAUAUGAUGGAAUCACUAACUUGCAAAAUUGGUCUGAAAAAAAAUGCCCUCAACUUACUGACAUAUAGAUUUCGCAAGAUGACCGAACUUUCUGGGGAGCUGGACAAGGAGAUUGUCUUUCUCGAUCGGUUGAAAUCAUCUGAAAAGUUGGAGGAUAAAGUUGAGGAUGAGAUCAACAAAUUGAAGCACGAGAUAUCAGACCUUGAGAACAAGGCUCAGGUAAACGCCUACAUCAAGUCCAACUACAUCCCUAUCAUUAGACUAUUGCAGGAGGAAGUUCACCUCUACCCCAGUAAGAUGAGAGAUGUUGAGCUGGCACUGAAGCACAACAAAAAAGAGUUGGACGACAUAACUAGCAUGCAUCAGCAGGCCAAAGAAUCUAGGCUGCUGGCAUUUAAGCAGCUGAAACAACUGCAGGAAAACCUCGUGAAAGAUAGGAAGGGGCGAGGAGAGGCUGUGCUGCAUGUUAGAAAAAAUAUGGCACAGAGAUUUGAGAUAUUUGAGAAGAUGAAGAAGAAAAAGAUGAGUGUUGACGGGUGCAAUGAUGAUAAGAAUGAGUACAGACAAAAUCUCAAUCUGAUGAGAUUGGCGAGGUUUCGGAUAAAUGACCUGUUUGGCGGCAUCAAAUCAACGCUAUUGGAGACCAGAAUCUUGCACGCCUGUCAGACGAUGAUCACGAACGACGAGAGGAACGAAUUUCAAAAUGACCGGAAGGAGAAGCUGGACAUCAAGUUCAAGGACAUGCAGUUACAAAUUAAGCAAGCGCAGAUUGCAAAAGUUAAGAUGGUUCAACUAACAUCAAACAAACGAGAAAAAUUUCGACAGGCCACAAGAGAGAUGGAAGCAAAGAUUGUCAGCCUAGAAAAAGAAAUCAUUGAAAAAAAGAAAAAAUUAACAAUCGACGGAAACUUACUGAUGGGUGUGAAGAAAGGGGUGUAUGCAGUGGCUUCCAAACUUUCGUGGAUUCCACCGAAGAUGGCCAUGAGGAGUGACGUUACUAUAGAACAACAAAUUACCGAAAUUAAUGAAAAAUUGGCAAAGUUGAUCGAGCUGCAGCAAGAGAUGACGGCAGAUGUGGACGUGCCGUUGACCAGACAAGAGUUCUGCCUGAGUAACUUGCUCGCCAAAUCCAUCGAUAAACGCUACAGUGAGGAUGACCAAACACAUCAGAAUGACAUGGCCUCUACGUUAGAAGAUGUCCUCGAGAUAAAUGACAACACGCCAGCCGUGAGGAACCACAUGAAGGCAGCGAGCAAGAGGCUGGUCAUGAAGCAGAAGAUCAAACCAUGA